AUUUCAAUCUGUUAUAAUAAUCUGUGAAAAUGAAAAUAUAAAUAUCUUACUGCAAUAUUUUAAAAUCACUUUACUAGCAAAAAGAUUUAUCAAAGUACAUAAAACAGUUUAAUUUACUGUUCAAAAUAAAUAUUAUACCAUUUAUAAACAAUUUUAUUGAAGGUUAUCUAAUAUGGAAUUACAGUGCAAAGUCCAGAAUUACGAUUGGGGCAAAUUGGGUCAUGAGAGCAAAGUUGCUAAAUUACUGUCUAGUGGUGAUACAAAUACUCAAAUAGAUUCUUCUAAACCCUAUGCUGAGUUAUGGAUGGGAACACAUCCAAAUGGGCCAUCUCUUAUCAUAGAGAGAAAUAUACUUCUUUCGGAGUACAUAAAAGACAAUGUGGAUGCUAUUGGUCCAUUGGUGCAGAAAAGGUUUGGUGUAUCUGUGCCCUUUCUCCUAAAAGUCUUGUCUAUUAAGAAGGCUCUCUCGAUACAGGCACAUCCUAAUAAGGAACAUGCGGAACAAUUACACACUUUAUUUCCUGAGAUGUAUAAGGAUCCAAAUCAUAAACCAGAGCUUGCUAUAGCACUGACACCUUUUGAAGCUCUUUGUGGUUUUCGACCCAUUUCAGAAAUUAAAGGAUUUCUAUCUAAAUUGCCUGAACUGACUGAAAUUCUAUCUAAAGAUUCUUUAGAUGGUAUAUUGAAAUAUGAAGAGGGAGAUUCUGCUUUAGUAUUGAAGAAAGUUUUUGACUCCUUGAUGUCUAAUGAUAAAACUAUUGUUGCUAAAAGCUUGGAGAAAUACAUAAAAAGAAUAAGUAGUGCAGAUGAGUCAGUCAAGUCUGCUCUGCUAUUUAAUACAUUACAAAAGCUGUAUUCUGAGUUUCCUGGAGAUGUUGGUUGUUAUGCUCCAUACUUCAUGAACCUCAUGCAUCUUCGUCCCAGCCAGGCUAUAUUUCUGAAACCAAACCUCCCACAUGCAUAUUUAAGUGGAGAUUGUGUUGAAUGUAUGGCCUGUUCGGACAAUGUGGUGCGAGCCGGUCUGACUCCAAAACACAUUGACCUGCCAACCCUCAUCAACAUGCUGGACUACACCAGCUACACUCCUGAGCAGAUGCUGUUCAAUCCUAUGAUGGAAGACGAGAAUAGCUGCAUCUGGCGACCGCCUGUACCUGAUUUUGCUGUUGUUAAAAUUAAAGUGCUGAAUGGUGAUUCCUACAAUACAAUAAUUCGUCCUAGUCCCAGCAUAAUAAUCUUCAUAUCAGGUGAGGGGGAGGCGUGUGACACAGAACCUGUUAGAGUUAGAUCGGGUACAGUGUUGUUCUUAAAAGCGAGCAGACAAUUGACCAUCACACCAGCUACGGAACAUCUGGAGGCUUACCAAGCUAUCUGCAAUGUUUAA